AUGGCGACUCCAGCACCCAUGGACGAAGUAAUGAAAGGUCUCAAACACAUGCCCAUGCCCAAAGAAAAACUCGACCAGAUCAAAGCAAGAAUCCUCCAGAGCCGUGCUGAUGCACAAGCAAACGACCCCCUCCUCAAGCUUGCAAAAAUCACAAAAAUGUGCAUAGUAGACAUCAAAGACCGUCUCGCCUACAUCCAAGAACGACGCGAUCAAAGAGCCGAGGAAGCAGAGCAAAAAGCCAUUGCCUUUGCGGCAGCACUAGCAGAAAGAAACAAGGCAAAAGAAUUCGAAAAGACGACCAAGAAAGGUCAACAACUGCAUAGGUCAAGGAUAGAAGGUUGGAGAGAUGAGGUCAAGCAGUCGUCUACAACAACACAUGCUUCUGUGCAGCAGCAAACGCAACAAAUCCCAUCACGUCAAUCCACAAAACGACCACUUGACAACAGCUCAAGUUUCGAACAACUGCUCAGCACCUCAACACCACUAAACAAACGCAUAAAAACAACCGCCCAAAACGACUCUUCCUCUCUAGUCGCCCCACCCACCAGCAGCAAAAAAUCAAUCCCCUGGCUCAGCACCCGCGCCUCCAUGGCCGACGAAGACAUUUUCGCAGACGAAGACCGCCACUUCCCAGCCCAAGAAAUCAAUCUCGACAAGAAGAAACCCAUCCACGACAAAGAUGACGACGACGACGACGACGAGGCAGACGAGAAAAUCGACAGAAACGAGGACGAAGACGCGGUUUCUGAAGAUUCGUAUGGUUCCACCAAUCUUACAGAGUUGGAGCAACUGGCAGCAGUGGAAAUGGCCAUGGUGGGUGUCAUGACCGUCGUUGUGNCCUGA